AUGAGUAAGCUACUUGACGUUCAUCACCUGGUACGGGCUUGUCUGUCUGUCUGUCUGUCUGCUGUGUGUUCGCAGCCAAGGAUGGUGUGAGGGACAAGAUCGCCCGCACUGUGGUAGCCGAUGAGAGGGAUGAGUCAUCAGGUCUGUGUGUCUGCGUAUGGGUGAUUCGCUUCUCGGUGCAUCUGUGGUCUGUUGCCUCCCACUUGUGCGUAUGUGCGUGUGCGCUCAGAAGGGAUGGUUCUGGCCAAAAAGCAUAACGUUUCCAAGGUGAGACGACGGCCAGGCUCACAACAGACGGACAAUGGGGGUCUGCGUGUGUGUACGACUGAGUGUUCAGGCGCCUUUUUUUGUGGUCGAGGAUGGCUCGAAGGUGUCCGUGUAUGAGGUCUACUUCACGCUGAAGAAGGAGGUGCUGGGCGAGCAGACAUCGAGCGCAUCGAAGAGCGAAGAGAUUGCACGUGACUUCCUCAAGAUGUGACGCAUUCGUGCACAACUUACUGGCAGACGUGUGUAUGGAUGUACAGUGGAUGACUGCCAAGGUGACGAUGUUUUAUGAUCGACAUCAUGACUUGAGGUGUUCAUCAUUCAUUCUCCAGCUAUCUAUAGAGAGGCUUUGUGUGUAUCAUAUGCAUGUGCUUUGUUGACAUCAGACACCCUGACAUUCAAUCAGCGAAGUGUUUCAUGAUUGGAGGCAAACCAUACAUACGUGAGUG